CAUUGGUCAUUUCACUUUUUCAGCAUAUUUUGGUCUACCAAAUGACCACAAAAAAGAUAUAAUAAUCCGACUUUACUUACUUGUAUAUCGCGACAUUCUGUUUUUCCUUCGUUUUCGAAGAUGCCUCAUCUCAUAGUUUCCAAAUGAUCUACAUCGGUGUGUCUGUCAGUGUCAGCUUAGCUUAGCUAGGGUCCGAUGCGGGCCGGGCCGGUGGUGGGCGCCGGGCCGGGCGGGCAGGCAGCGGCGCCCCGGUACGGUAUACGGUACGGUACGUAGUGCAAAGUCCGCCCUGCCCGCUGCUUCCUGCCCCGGUAAGAAUCUCACCAGGAAAGAAAUGGAUGGUUUGAAAGAUUCUGAAAACGACGGAGAAAAUUGCAGCGCAGAAUUGCCUGUUGUGUUCCAGUGUCAGGGCUGUAGAUCAAUUUUGAGUGAUUCACUGGCUUUCCUUACAGCGAAUGAUGAUUUGAAAACUAUCACCGUAAAUCGAGUAAACUCUUCUGUUGGGCUCUCACCAAGACGAAUAACAUCAACUCACGGUGUGGACCAAGGAAGUACAUACAGUCCUGUGGAAUGUAAGGAGUGCCACAAUGUAGUGGGGAAGGUUUACAAAACAACUCCAAGACUCCUGGAUGACCUUAGGGAUUACUACACCUUAGAUGCCAACAAACUUUUAAUUUACCAAAUAGGAUCUUCCACUACAAGCCUCUUCUUAGAAGAUGGCCCUUCUCGUUCUGUCCCAAGCAUCACUGAUCUAAGGACAUUGAAAGACACAGUUAUGAAGCUUCAGGUAUUGAUGUGCACCAUGCAUCAGAGAAUAGCAAAUAUUGAGCAAUCUCUCGAGAUCGAGAACACCCAACCAGCUGGACCACACCAAGGCCUCCCGCAGGCCCUUGGUUCAAAACCCAUUCAAAAUCAACAGAACCAGCUAGGAGUAAUCACCAGUUUCCAUGAGAGAUUGAGUGUUUUAUCGUCGGUGAAUGAUGGUAGAGACAGAUCGAUGGAAAAUCUUCCAAAGAAGAAGUCCCAGGAGCAAAGCGGUGACUCGUAUAGAAGUGAGGAUGUCCGAGAAAGGAGGAAGAUAAGGGAGAGAGGCACAAAGAGAUUGAAGAAAUCUGAGAAUGAUUGAAUGCUGUGCGUAGGAUUUAACGUCAAGAGUUUGAAGUUUACAAACUUUUCAGGACUGCUAGGAUACAGUGUUGCCAAGUACUAUGAAUAGUACGAGUGUCCUCAUUACUGCGCAGUUUCCAUGAUCUCAUUUUUCAACCGUUUGAUUUGUUCUUUUGUACAUGUAGUUCCGUAGACCAUUUUUCAUACUGCUCGUUAUAUUGUUAGUUCACAAGACCCCGCAUUUUACCCUUGCAGCAAAAAGUACUAUGAGCACAAUAAUUGGCUGUAAGAUAAUCAAUUUUAGGCAAUCAGGAGCCCGUUGCAGAAAGAGUUGCGUUUAAACGCAAGUCAAAAAAUCAAUCGCAAGUCCAAAAUGGGCGCUGUUGAUUGGUUAAAAAUGAAGUUGCGCGUGAUAUUUAGAGUUGCGUUUGAUUGCAACUCUUUCUGCAACAGGCCCCAGUUCAUUUUAAAGGCCCUGUCGCAUUGUUCCAUGCAAGCCUUGCGUGUCUUUAUUUUUUGCCUCUUGCAAGUUGAACGUGCUCAAAAUUUUGUUGCCAAUGAGUUGUGGGUCAAUAAAUCCAGUUUGCACAUGUUGGUUGUUCUUAAAUCAUAUGAUUGCCUAUAUUGAAGCAAUUUUGCAGUCCUGUGCCCUUCAACAUACAGCAUAGCGAUUCGUCACAGGCUAUAUUUUCUAUGGCUGAUUGCAUUGGAUAAUUGUGUAUUGUAUGAACUGUCAUAAAUAUCAGCCCAAAGAUAAAUUGCUAAACUUACUCUCGAGGUGUUUAUAUUGUAAUUUAUCCAAUGGAAUGGAAUUUAUGACCAAAGAAAAACUGCAAACCUCACUUGGAUAUUUUUGUUUUUUGAACAAAAUACUUCUUUAUUCUGAUACUUGUUUUAUUUCCUAUUAGGAAACACUUUGGCAUUAUCCACCUUGAAGAGAAAAAGCUUGAAGCAAAAAAUAUUAUUUCAUCAUACAUGCAUAUGUAUGUUGUCAUGUUUCAAAAACAUGAUAUCAAAUUGGCACUGCCAACAGGUACAUAAAUUUUUGUUGAAGUCCUCUACACACUGAAUAUGACCAAAAGUCAUGUUCACAUGAAGUGAGUGCCAAUGCUAACACAACGGCAGUCUCCUUGAUCAAUAUGAAGUAGAGUGUGAACAUGGCAAGAUAUCAUUGACCACGCAUAUUUGAGUAUGACUUUGGAUCAGAUGAAUUUCCGUGACGCCCACGGACAAGACCCAGCCCAGUUCAGUGUGAGAGGCUUUCAGAAUCAAAUGCAUCAACGUUUUUUUUUUGUUCUUUCAGGGAAACAAUUCUUCAUAAACUUCCUCAAAGGAGAGUCGUGGCAAAGUGAAAUACGACAAAAUAAAUAUAUUAUAUUAAUCUCACAUCAAGCAUACUUUAUGCUUCCUAAUUUUGCUAUGUACAAUUAAUAUCUUUUAGAUAUUUCACAUAAGUAUAUAUUUCCUAUAUGAUACUUUACUGAGAUGAAGAACAUUCAGUGUAACAUAAAGACAAGCCUAUGGAUGGAAAUACAAAGAAAAAAAUCAUACAUGUAACAUUGAUGUUAAAUAUUACUUGUCAAAUAAAACAAGGUCAAAUUUUUACUCAUUA